CGGGUCAGAGGUGAGGAAUGGGAGGCCUAAGCCGGCCUAGGUGAAUAACUGACGCGAGUUGUGCUCCCCCGCUGUGCCAGUCGGAAGAACCAGGCGCGGUUCGACCGGGUUUGCUGCCAUCGACCUGCGCUCCUCCUGCAGCCUGCAAGGCUCGGCGAUGGCACGGCUGCUUCCUGAAGCUGCAAAAGUGCUUUAGCCCCCAUUCCGCCUGCUCUUGAGCUCCGACACCCCGGGAAUCAGAAAAAGCACUAUCAUCUUAUGCCAAAAUGUCAGGGAUUGGAAAUAAAAGAGCAGCUGGAGAGCCUGGCACAUCCGUGCCUCCAGAGAAGAAGACAGCUGUUGAAGAUUCAGGGACCACCGUGGAAACAAUUAAGCUAGGGGGCGUCUCUUCAACGGAGGAGCUAGACAUUCGAACACUUCAAACCAAAAAUCGCAAGCUAGCAGAAAUGCUGGAUCAACGGCAGGCCAUUGAAGAUGAACUUCGUGAGCACAUUGAAAAACUGGAACGACGACAGGCCACUGAUGAUGCCUCACUGCUGAUUGUCAACCGGUACUGGAGUCAGUUUGAUGAAAACAUCCGUAUCAUCCUUAAACGUUAUGAUCUGGAACAGGGUUUGGGAGAUCUACUCACGGAGAGGAAAGCCCUUGUUGUGCCAGAACCGGAGCCUGAUUCUGAUAGCAAUCAGGAACGCAAAGAUGACCGAGAGAGAGGGGAAGGGCAAGAGCCAGCUUUCUCUUUCCUUGCUACUUUGGCCAGCAGUUCCAGUGAAGAGAUGGAAUCUCAGUUGCAGGAGCGUGUGGAGUCCUCUCGUCGAGCUGUGUCCCAGAUCGUGACUGUCUAUGAUAAAUUGCAAGAAAAAGUGGAGCUUUUAUCCCGGAAACUAAACAGUGGAGAUAAUCUGAUAGUGGAGGAAGCAGUGCAGGAGUUGAAUUCCUUCCUCGCACAAGAGAAUAUGAGGCUGCAGGAACUGACGGACCUCCUCCAGGAGAAGCACCGCACCAUGUCUCAGGAGUUCUCCAAGCUGCAGAGUAAAGUGGAAACAGCUGAGUCACGAGUGUCUGACCUGGAGACCAUGAUUGAUGACUUGCAGUGGGAUAUUGACAAAAUUCGAAAGAGGGAACAACGACUCAACCGGCACUUAGCAGAAGUCUUAGAACGGGUGAAUUCAAAAGGUUAUAAGGUAUAUGGAGCAGGGAGUAGUCUCUAUGGUGGCACAAUCACCAUCAAUGCCCGGAAGUUUGAGGAAAUGAAUGCAGAGCUUGAGGAGAACAAAGAGUUGGCUCAGAACCGCCACUGUGAGCUAGAGAAGCUCCGGCAAGACUUUGAGGAGGUCACCACACAGAAUGAAAAGUUGAAGGUGGAGUUGAGGAGUGCAGUGGAAGAAGUGGUUAAGGAAACUCCAGAAUAUCGCUGCAUGCAAUCGCAGUUUUCGGUCUUGUACAACGAGAGUCUUCAGUUGAAAGCACAUUUGGAUGAGGCUCGGACCCUGCUUCAUGGCACCCGGGGAACCCACCAGCGCCAGGUUGAACUCAUAGAGCGAGAUGAGGUUAGUCUUCAUAAGAAGUUGAGAACUGAAGUGAUCCAGCUGGAAGAUACGUUGGCUCAGGUCCGCAAGGAGUACGAAAUGCUGAGGAUAGAGUUUGAGCAGACCCUUGCUGCCAAUGAGCAAGCAGGCCCUAUAAACCGGGAAAUGCGCCACCUCAUCAGUAGCCUCCAGAAUCAUAAUCAUCAGCUGAAAGGGGAGGUCCUAAGAUAUAAGCGGAAAUUGAGAGAAGCCCAGUCUGACCUGAACAAGACACGUCUGCGCAGUGGCAGUGCCCUCCUGCAGUCUCAGUCUAGUACUGAGGAUGCUAAGGAUGAACCUUCAGAGCUAAAACAAGAUUCUGAGGACUUAUCCACCCAGUCCUCAGCAUCAAAGUCAUCUCAGGAAGAUGUCAAUGAAAUUAAGUCUAAACGGGAUGAAGAGGAGCGAGAACGAGAAAGAAGGGAGAAAGAAAGGGAGCGAGAAAGAGAAAGAGAGAAAGAGAAAGAGCGAGAACGAGAGAAACAGAAACUAAAAGAGUCAGAAAAAGAGAGAGAUUCUACUAAGGAUAAAGAGAAAGGGAAACAUGAUGAGGGAAGGAAAAAAGAAGCAGAAGUUAUCAAACAAUUGAAGAUCGAACUCAAGAAGGCACAAGAGAGCCAAAAGGAGAUGAAACUAUUGCUAGAUAUGUACCGCUCUGCCCCAAAGGAACAGAGAGACAAAGUUCAGCUAAUGGCAGCUGAGAAGAAGUCUAAGGCAGAGUUGGAAGAUCUAAGGCAAAGGCUCAAGGAUUUAGAGGACAAGGAGAAGAAAGAGAACAAGAAAAUGGCUGAUGAGGAUGCCUUGAGGAAGAUCCGUGCAGUAGAGGAACAGAUAGAAUACCUGCAGAAGAAGCUGGCCAUGGCCAAGCAGGAGGAAGAAGCUCUCCUUUCUGAGAUGGAUGUCACAGGCCAGGCCUUUGAAGACAUGCAGGAGCAAAAUAUCCGUUUGAUGCAGCAGUUGCGGGAGAAGGAUGAUGCAAAUUUCAAGCUCAUGUCAGAGCGUAUCAAGUCCAAUCAGAUCCACAAGUUGCUUAAAGAGGAGAAGGAGGAGCUAGCGGACCAGGUUUUGACUCUAAAGACUCAGGUUGAUGCACAGUUACAGGUAGUAAGGAAACUAGAAGAGAAGGAGCACCUGCUGCAGAGCAACAUCGGCACAGGGGAGAAGGAGUUGGGUCUUAGGACCCAAGCCUUGGAGAUGAAUAAACGCAAGGCAAUGGAGGCAGCUCAGCUUGCAGAUGACCUCAAAGCACAACUGGAGUUGGCUCAGAAGAAGCUUCAUGAUUUUCAGGAUGAGAUUGUAGAAAACAGUGUCACCAAAGAAAAGGAUAUGUUUAAUUUCAAACGAGCUCAGGAGGACAUCUCUAGACUUAGAAGGAAGCUGGAUACCACAAAGAAACCAGACAAUGUACCCAAGUGUGAUGAGAUUCUAAUGGAGGAGAUUAAGGAUUAUAAGGCACGACUGACCUGUCCAUGCUGCAACAUGCGUAAAAAGGAUGCUGUACUUACCAAGUGUUUUCACGUUUUCUGCUUUGAGUGUGUGAAGACACGCUAUGAUACUCGCCAGCGCAAAUGUCCCAAGUGUAAUGCUGCUUUUGGUGCCAAUGAUUUCCAUCGCAUAUACAUUGGUUGAUCCAAGUCAAGAGAAGAGGAGCUGACUAGACAAGCACUUACUUAUUAACCACCAAACUUCUACCUCUUCUCUUCUUGAUAGUCUGUCAACUCCCUUCCUCCACAGACUUUAUGUCCAGGCUCUCUGUCCUCCCCAACAGCUAGAUGACUUUAGGGAAAAAGACUGGUAAAUGUAAGUCUUGGGCUUUACAAUGAAUUAGAAACUACUCAUAUUUGUCUCCCUACCAGCUUUGUUUAUUUCCUGCUUUUAGACCUUUCAUCAUUAUCUUCUUUGGGCCCAUUCUGUACUCUUGUAUUGUUCCUCCUAAAGAAUUCCAGUUGAUAUUUUACAAAGAGUAGAAUAAUGAUAUUUUGGGGGUAGGGGUCACCUUUUGGAAGUAAGCUAUAUAUGGGCCCAAAAUUUUCUUGAUUUGGGUACUAUAUUUUUUCUAUACUUGGAUUAUAAUAUGGGUAUAAUUGUGCUACUCUUUCCUGGAUGGUUUGAGGACUUAAUGAAAGUAUAUCCAGGACAAUUCAAUCCAUUUCCCAUUUACUAGCAAAGUAGCUUCAAAGGCAUCUGGAUUUCUAAUUAAACUUAUUUAAGUUCUGAAAGUUCAGCUACUUAAACUCUUUAAAUUUCUUGAGGCCAGAAUAAUUUCAAACAGUAUAUCCCCUGUUGACUUCUAAUGAAAUAAAAAUUGGACAAGAUGAGGAAUGAGACUGAGAUGGUGAAGAAUCUUCUGGAUACUCUGGGAACUUGCUAAGAGAGCCUUGGUGAACUAUGAAUUACUCUCAUCCUCUCCACAGGAGUUGUUGUGAUCCCUCUUUUCCAGAAGAUUCUCUGUAAAGCUUCUGUAGAACUUUAUACCUCUAGCUUCAAUUAAAGCAGGAUUCAUUUUG